AGCACUUUGGGAGGCCGAGGCGGGUGGAUCACCUGAGGUUGGGGUUCGAGACCAGCCUGGCCAACAUGGUGAAACCCCUUCUUUACUAAAAAUACAAAAAAUUAGCCGGGCGUGGUGGUGCAUGCCUGUAAUCCCAGCUACUCAGGAGGCUGAGGCAGGAGAAUCGCUUGAACCUGGAAGGCAGAGGUUGUGGUGAGCCGAGAUCAAGCCCUUGCACUCCAGUCUGGGCAACAAGAGCAAAACUGUCUCAAAAAAAAAAAAAAAAAGUAAUAGGCUGGGAGCGGUGGCUCAUGCCUGUAAUCCCAGCACUUUGGGAGGCCGAGGUGGGUGGAUCACACGGUCAGGAGUUCAAGACCAGCCUGGCCAAGGUGAUGAAACCCCAUCUCUACUAAAAAUACAAAAAUUAGCCAGGCAUGGUGGCUCAUGCCUGUAAUCCCAGCUACUUGGGAGGCUGAGUCAAAAACAAAACAAAACAAAAACCUCUUUCCUCAUAUAUAUUGCUCAGCAAAAAGGGAACCGUCUGAAUACUAAGAGUUUUCAUCAACCCUGGAAAUUUGUUUUAUUAGGGUUCUAUAUCAUUGCCAUAUUUUCCUUCCAGAAUUCAUAUUUGACAUUCACUUUAUUUCUUACAUCAAUUUUUCUUCCCUAUGACUUAUUAUUUUCUGUCAUCAUUUUCAUCCUUCUCUGAAAGUUUUUUAAACAAUUCAUUCCAGCGUUUUCCCUAGCUUUAUUGAGGUAUAUUUGGCAAAUAAAAAUUAUAUAUAUUGGCCAGGCGUGGUGGUGCAUGCCUGUAAUCCCAGCUACCUGGGAGGCUGAGGCAAGAGAAGCACUUAAACCCAAGAGGCAGAGGUUGCAGUGAGCCAAGAUCGCACCUUGCACUCCGGCCUGGGCGACAAGAGUGAAAACUUUGUCUCAAAAAGAAAAAUUAUAUAUUUACAGUAUACAGUUAGGUAUUUUGAUAUAUGUGUAUACAUUGUGAAAUGAUUACCAUAAUCAAGCCAAUUAAUGUAUCUAUCACAUCACAUAGUUACCAAUUUGUAUAUGUGUGUAUGUGGUAAGAACAUUAAGAUCUACUCCCAUAAUAAAUUCCAAGUAUACAAUACAGUAUUAUAAACUAUAGUUACUAUGGUAUACAUUCUGUACUGGUAUUACUAUUAAUGGUAUGUAUUUACAUGGCAGUACAUACUAUUAAUAUAUAAUGCUGUAUAUUAGAUCUCCAGAAAUUUUUUAUUCUGAGUAACUAGAACUUUGUACCCUUUGACCAAUAUCUUCUUUCCUCCGUCCCACAACUCCUGGUGACCUCCAUUCUACUCUCUUCUUCUAUGAGUUCAACGUUUUAGAGUUCAUAUAUAAGUGAGAUCACUGCAGUAUCUGUCUUUCUGUGCCUGGCUUAUUUCACAUAUGUCCUCCAGCUUCAUCUAUGUUGUUGAAAAUAACAGGAUUUUCUUCAUUUUUAAGUCUUAAUAUUCCAGUGUUUGUGUAUUUGUAUAUAUACACACACAUUCCAUUAUGUGUGUGUAUAUGUGUAUGUGUGUGUGUAUACAUAUAUACGCCCACACAUCACAUUUUCUUUAUCAAUUUAUCCAUUGAUUCCAUAUCUUGGCUAUCAUGAAUGAUGCUGCAAUGAACAUAAGAAUGCAGAUUUUUUUUCCCCAUACUGAUUUGAUUUCAUUUGGAUAUAUACCCAGAAGUAAGCUUGCUGAGUUAUAGGGUAGUUUUGAGAAACCUCCAUGCUGUUUUCCAUAAUGGCUGUUUCAAUUUAUGCCACCAGCAGUGUCCAAGGAUUCCCUUUUUGCCACAUCCUUUCCAACACUUGUUAUUUUUUGUCCUUUUGAUAAUAGCAGUUCUGACAGGUGUGAGGGGAUUUUUGUUUGUUUGUUCAUUUUUUUGAGACAGAGUCUCACUCUUGUUGCCCAGGCUGGAGUGCAGUGGUGCAAUCUCAGCUCACUGCAACCUCCGCCUCCAGGGUUCAAGCAAUUCUGCCACCUCAGCCUCCCAAGUAGCUGAGAUUACAAGUGCCCGCCACUAAGCCCACAUAAUUUUUGUAUUUUAGUAGAGAUGGGAUUUCAUCAUGUUGGUCAGGCUGGUGUCGAACUCCUGACCUCAAGUGAUCCGCCCGCCUCGGCCUCCCAAAGUGCUGGGAUUACAGGCCUGAGCCACAAUAACCAACAAUGAGGUGAUAUUUCAUUGUGGUUUCAAUUUCCAUUUUCCUGAUGAUUAGUAAUGUUGAGUGUUUUUUCAUAUACCUAUUGGCUGUUUCUAUGUCUUCUUUUGAGAAAUGCCCAUUUUUUAAUUGGGUUAUUUGUUUUCUUGUUACUGAGUUGAGUUCCUUAUACAUUUUGGCUAUUAGCAUCUUACCAGAUACAAGGUUUGAAAAUAUUUUAUCCCACUCUGUGGAUAGUCUCUUCACUCUGUUGUUUCCUUUGCUGUGCAGAAGCUUUUGAAUUUGAUGUAAUCAUAUUUUUAUAUUUUUUGCUUUUCUUUUCUGUGUUUUUAGUUUUGUGUCUCAUGUUUAAGUCUUUAAUCCAUUUUGAGUUGACUUUCGUAUAUGUAUGCAAUAGGAAUUCAAUUUCAUUCUUUUGCAUGAGGCUAUCCAGUUUCUCAUCACCAUUUAUUGAACUGUCUUUUCCCCAUUGUGUGUUCUUGGCAUCUUUAUUGAAAAUCCAAUGACCAUAAAUGCAUGGUUUCUGUAUGGGUUCUUGGUUCUGUAUUCUGUUCCAUUGGUUGAUGUGUCUAUUUUUAUGCCAGUGCCGUGCUGUUUUGAUUACUGCAGCUUUGUAAUCUAUUUUGAAAUCUAUCGGAUGUAGUGAUGCCUCCAGCUUUGUUCUUCUUGUUCAAGAUUACCUUGACUCUUCAGGGUCUUUUAUGGUUCCAUAUGAAUUUUAGGAUUGUUUUUGCUAUUUGUGUGAAAAUACCUUUGGAAUUUUGUUAGGGAUUCCACUGAAUGUGUAGAUUGCUUUGGGUAGUAUGGACAUUUUAACAAUAUUAAUUCUUCCCAUUUAUGAAUGCAGAAUAUCUUUUCAUUUAUUUUUGUCUUCAUUUAUUUUUUAUUAUACUUUAAGUUCUGGGAUACAUGUGCAGAUUGUGCAGGCUUGUUACAUAGGUAUACACAUGCCAUGGUGGUUUGCUGCACCCAUCACCCCAUCAUCUACAUUAGGUAUUUCUUCUAAUCCUGUCCCUCCCCUAGCUCCCCACCCCCCUUUUUUAUUUAAUGCAAUUUUUUUUUUUUUUAGAUGGAGUCUCACUCUGUUGCUCAUGCUGGAGUGCAGUGGUGUGAUCUCAGCUCACUGCAAUCUAUGCCUCCCGGGUUCAAGCAAUUCUUCUGCCUCAGCCUCCCGAGUAUCUGGGACUACAGUCCUGGAAUCAAGAUGUGAGACCAAGAAAUUAUUUCUGAAGAAAGAAAUUUAUGAAAUAGAAUCAACCCAGUGGGAAAUAAUGGAAAAACUCACAAGACAUGAUUUUCAGUGCUCCAGUUUCGGAGAUGACUGGGAAUGUAAUAGGCAGUUUAAGAAAGAACUCGGCUCUCAGGGGGGACAUUUCAAUCAACUGGUAUUCACUCAUGAAGAUCUGCCCACUUUGAGUCACCAUCCAUCCUUUACAUUACAGCAAAUCAUUAACAGUAAAAAGAAAUUCUGUGCAUCUAAAGAAUAUAGGAAAACCUUUAGACAUGGCUCACAGUUUGCUACACAUGAGAUAAUUCAUACCACUGAGAGGCCCUAUGAAUGUAAGGAAUGUGGAAAGUCCUUUAGACAUCCCUCAAGACUCACUCAUCAUCAGAAAAUUCAUACUGGCAAGAAACCCUUUGAAUGUAAGGAAUGUGGAAAAACCUUUAUUUGUGGCUCAGACCUUACUCGACAUCACAGAAUUCACACUGGUGAGAAACCCUAUGAAUGUAAGGAAUGUGGGAAAGCCUUUAGUAGUGGUUCAAACUUCACUCGACAUCAGAGAAUUCACACAGGUGAGAAGCCUUAUGAAUGCAAAGAAUGCGGGAAGGCCUUUAGUAGUGGCUCAAACUUUACUCAACAUCAGAGAAUUCAUACUGGGGAAAAACCCUAUGAAUGUAAGGAAUGUGGCAAUGCCUUUAGUCAGAGCUCACAACUUAUUAAACAUCAAAGAAUCCAUACAGGUGAGAAACCUUACGAAUGUAAGGAAUGUGAAAAGGCUUUUCGUUCUGGCUCAGACCUUACUAGACAUCAGAGAAUUCAUACUGGGGAGAAACCCUAUGAAUGUAAGGUAUGUGGGAAGGCUUAUUCUCAGAGUUCACAGCUUAUUAGUCAUCAUAGAAUUCAUACUAGUGAGAAACCCUAUGAAUAUAGGGAAUGUGGAAAGAACUUUAAUUAUGACCCACAACUUAUUCAGCAUCAAAAUUUGUACUGGUGAUGAAACAGGAUAUAUGAAAUGUGUAGGGAGGCUUUUAAUUAUGGCUCAAAACAGAAUUUAUCUUGUUAAUAAUUCCUCUAGAUAGAAUAAUGUAGAAACAUUUUAUUUGUGGACUACAGCUUAUUCAGCCUGGGAAAACUAAUGUUGGAGAAAUACUCUAUGAAUAGAAUAUACUUUGGAAGCCCUUAACUAAACGCUCACUUCUCUUGACAUCAGAUAAUUCAGUCUAGCAAUAUGAUAGAUAAUUCAGUCUGUCGUACUGAAAAUGACAGCACUUUUAACACCUUUCUAACCUUCUUAACAUCAGAGAAUUUUUGUAGAAUUGUAGUCCUGUGAUUGUCAUUUUUUCCCCUAAUUUCUCUAAUUGUUACAUUCUUAGUAUUUUAAUCCAUAUUAAAUUUAUAUGGCUAUAAAUUUCAUCUGUUUACAUCCUGAUUUGUAUACUAUUUUAAAAAUACCUUUAGUACCUGGGAGAAGUGACCUCUUUAUUUUUGAAGAUGGCUUAUUCUUUUUGUUCUUUAUAACAUUAAGGCUUUCUUAUUGUAAAAAUGUUCAUGAACGACAUUUUACUCAAUAGAGAUUCUUCGUUAUCUUCAUGGUGUUUUGUUGUGUUACUGUAAUAUCACUUAUGAAAUCCUAUUGGUGGAUAUCGUAGUCUCCGCUAGAUAUUUUGCCAUAAUACAUGCCAAAAUACAAGUCCCUGAUGGACAUUCUCCCUAAGCACAUCUUUGUAUCAUAUCUUUUAAUUGCAGAAGUAAUGUGUGAAUAUAUUUUCCUUAUAAAAGAUGCAAACAUUACAAAAAGGCAAAUGUACCCUUUGACCAUAUCCCAAAGGAUAGUCUUUAUCAGUUCAUUAUUUAUUGCUGAUCAUUUUUCUGUUCAUAUAUACAUGCGUGUCUCAGUAAAAAUUAUAAAAUGGGGGAUAAUUAUAAUACCUACCUCAUAAUGCUUUGUGAGGAUUAAAUGAAUUAAGAUCCAUAAAGUGCUUAGAAUUGUGCCUGACAUGAUAAAUACAUACUCACUGAAUGUUAGUCAUCGUUAUUAUACUCAUCGUCAUCAGUAUUAUUAUUUGUAGAAAGGCUUUUUAACUUCUGCAGAACUUAGUCACCAUUAGGCAGGGUGUUUGACUGAAGAAAAACCCUUUGAAGGUAACAAGUUAAGAAAAUUUCCCAUCAUCAUGUACUUACUAUUGAACAUGAAAUAAUCCUAGGUGUUGGGGGGGAAAGUACUGUGAAUAAUGUGUGUGAAGGACUUUAUUCCGACUAAUACUCUUUUUGUUGCAUUAUAUACCCAGUAAAAAAGAAAAGAGAACAUAAACAAAAUAUUGGUGCACUAAUGAGGAAAAAAAGUAUGAAAAGAGAAACAGCAUCAUAUUUAAAAAACGGACAGAGAUAGAAACAGUUACAGAUUUAAAAGGUUCUGUUGAAUAUAAUGCUUUUUUCUGAUAUGUUUGAAAAUUUAAACAAAAUGAUUUUUAAGGAAAAUGUACAUCAAUGUUGACUCCAAGAAAAUUAGGACUCUUCGAAGACUCUCAUAAACACAGAGAACAGGGAAAAAUUAGCAUGUGAUCAGUUAACUAUUACUCAUGAAGCACCAAAUCCGGUUUCUUUCUAAGGAAAACUUUAUCAAAUGUUCAAGGAACUAUUUCAGUUAUAUAGAAGUACACAUCUUGGCUCACGCCUGUAAUCCCAGCACUUUGGGAGGCUGAGAUGGAAGGAUCAUUUGAGGCCAGGAGUUUGAGACCAGCCUGGCCAACAUGUUGAAACCCCAUUUUUACUCAAAAAUACAAAACUUAGCCAGGCGUGGUGGCACAUGCCUGUAAUCCCAGCUACUGGGGAGGCUGAGGCAGGAGAAUCACUUGAACGCAGGAGGUGGAGGUUACAGUGAGCCAAGAUCACGCCAUGACACUUCAGCCUGGGCGACAGAAUGAGACUGUUAAAAAAAAAAACCAAAAAAAACCCCACAGUGUAGCUUUGUUUGGGGUUAAGUUAGUGUUUUGAAAUGGGCCUUCCCUGUGCUCAAAACAUGCUCAGCAAGCAGCUCCCCACACUGGACAGAUCGCAUGUGUGGAAGGAUGAAGUUUAUGUCUGUAGAACUGUUAUUUUAUGCCCCACUUCCUUUUUUCUUAGUUCCUGUGUAGACGGGUCUCUCUGAACAUUGUGUUACUUUACUUUACUGGCAUAAGGAAGUAAAAUAUUUCAUAAUAAAUUUGAGAAAACUAGAGUGAGCAAAAAUACCUGCAAAUGAGAGAAUUACUAAAAAUGGACUGUUGUAAUGUUUUGCGUUAUCAAAAUGAGAACUGCCAAAUGAAAUUUUGUUUACUUUCUUUUCUUGUGUGCUUAUGUCUUUUAUAAAGUUCUUCAUCUAAAAUUAUAGAGAUAGUGCAUUUGCACCCAAAUUAAUGAAACAAUACCAUUAAAGAAAAAGAAAAGGGGCUGGGCACAGUGGCUUACGCCCGUAAUCCCAGUGCUUUGGGAGGCCAAGGCAGGUGGCAGCCUGGCCAAUAUAGUGAAACUCCAUCUCUACUAAAAAUACAAAAAUUAGCUGGGCGUGGUGGCAUGUGCCUGUGGUCCCAGCUACUCGGAAGGCUGAGGCAGGAGAAUUGCUUGAACCCGGGAGGCGGAGGUUGCAGUGAGCUGAGAUCCUGACUGCACUCCAGCCUGAGCGACAGAGUCUCAAAAAAUCUGCCUCAAAAAAAAAAAAAAAAAGAAAAAAUGAUUAUCUUUGCCCUUCUCCGUUCCUCAUUCCCUCCCCUCUGUCAGUUUUCUUCUGAAUAAUAUUUAAAGGUUGUGUAUAUUACCCAUAUAUUUCUUCAUGCUAAAACAUUAACACACAAUUAUUUUAUUAUGUUUUUACAGAAAAAUGGAUAACUAUACAUUUCCCUGAAAUUUGCUUUUUUACAUUCAACUGUACAUUUUGGAUUUUCCUUCAAUAGAUGAUGAUCUAACAGUCUUUCUGAUGGUUACAGUAUGUUCCACAGUGUUAUUUACCAAUGCCUUUUCAACCACUUUCCCAAUUGUGAUAUGGAUUGUUUGCGCUUUUUUGCCAUCUAAAAGUAAUGCUGCAACAAACACUUUGUAUUCUUGUCUGUUUUAUUUCUAUAAAAUAAGCUUCCCAAGUCAUUUCCAGUGUUUUUGUUUUGUUUUGUUUUGAGACAGAGUUUCACUCUUGUUUCCCAGGCUGGAGUGCAAUGGCGCAAUCUUGGCUUACUGCAAUCUCCGCCUCCCGGGUUCAAGAGAUUCUCCUGCCUCAGCCUCCCAAGUAGCUGGGGUUACAGGUAUAUGCCACUACGCCUGGAUAAUUUUGUAUUUUUAGUAGAGACGGCAUUUUUCCAUGUUGGUCAGGCUGGUCUCGAACUCCCGACCUCAGGUGAUCCACCCUCCUCGGCCUCCCAAAGUGCUGGCAUUAUAGGCAUGAGCCACCGCACCUGGCGUCAUUUCCAGUGUUUUCUAUGUUUCCUAGGAAGGUUUUGCUUCUAGAAGAUUUCAGAGGGCAAGAGAAUAAAGGAGUGGAGUGCAGUUUUUCAUAUAUGUGAUUCUGUGAGUGUGUAUACACAGAGAUUUAAUAUUUUAGUACAUCAGGAAUUGAUUAUACGAUAUAAUGCAGGAUGUCAGACUUGUUUCUAUCCAGGAAUAAAACCAGUUAUGCCAGAAGUAACUAUUAUUCACCUUUCUCCUACUGAAUUAAAAUACUAUCAGUUAUAUAUUAAAUGCUCACAUACAUCUAUUUCUGUUCUCCAUAUUCUAGCAAUCCUUGACACUUUUCAAUAGCUUUUAUUACUUGGAAAUAAAGAUGUAUGUAUAUAUUAUUAAUAUAUAGUUUAUUAUUUGGAAAUAAAGAUGUUUCUUCAUGAGAA